AUGAGAGAAGACACAAGGAUGCCACGUGGGUAUUCAGAUUCGACUGAGCUGUGCAACAAAUACCGGUGGAGAAUAUUUUGUAGUAGCAGUAGACCACGUUAUUCUAAGCAUAGCGGCGUGUAUUUGAGCGAGAGUUUAACUAGAACAGUGGACAAGAGUACAAGCAAUGUGGAGCCCAACUAUGUUGUACAAUGUAUCGAAUAUUUUUACGAAUAUUGUGCUGGAUACAAUUUGAGAUACUGCCCAUUAAGAGGAUUUAUAGCACACAGCAACGACUACUACUUCAGUCACAUGGUGAAAGACAUUAUCAUCCUUCUAUGCUUCUUGAUUGCAAACUUUAUCGUGUUCCUUAAUGUUUUGGUCAAAACUAUGAUACACACAUAUUUGUUUGUAUAUAUGACUACUCAGUGGAUUAAAAGAACAAUGUUACCAAGACUGGUGACAGACGAGUUAUUCCCUGUGACGAUGCCCCAACCCACGAGACUACGUCACGACUUGUCUCCAAAAAGAAAGAACAAGAGCCCUUGGUCCUCCGUCCUGCAGAUGCCAGUACAUACGUAUGGAAAUUGUAUGUGA